UGUGUAUAUAUUAAAAUUGUUUCAUGUUUAUUUGUGAAACUUGACAGAGGCUGCUUAUACACUCUUAUUGUAUGAUGAACUGUUGGAAUGGUCCGACAGACCAUUGAGGGAAUUCCUGAACUAUCCCAUGCAGACAGAAUGGCAGCGCAAAGAAUUUCUUCAUCUCAUGAUCAUCCAGAAUUUUGACAGAGGAAAAUGCUGGGAAAAUGGUAUUAUUUUAUGCAGGAAGAUUGCUGAGCAAUAUGAAAACUAUUAUGACUACAGAAAUCUCAGCAAGAUGCGGUUGAUGGAAGCUUCUUUAUAUGAUAAAAUUAUGGAUCAGCAACGUUUGGAGCCUGAGUUUUUCAGAGUUGGAUUUUAUGGGAAGAAGUUUCCAUUUUUCUUACGCAACAAAGAAUUCGUUUGCCGAGGACAUGAUUAUGAGCGUCUGGAGGCAUUUCAACAGCGGAUGUUAAAUGAGUUCCCACAUGCCAUUGCUAUGCAACAUGCCAAUCCACCGGAUGAAACCAUCUUUCAAGGAGAGUCACAGUAUCUGCAAAUCUAUGCUGUGACACCAAUUCCUGAAAGCCAGGAUGUACUACAAAGAGAAGGCAUUCCAGAUAAUAUCAAAAGUUUUUAUAAAGUCAAUCAUAUUUGGCGAUUCCGGUAUGACAGGCCAUUUCACAAAGGGACCAAAGACAAAGACAAUGAAUUUAAGAGUUUAUGGGUAGAGAGAACAACACUGAUCUUGGUGCAGAGCUUGCCAGGAAUAUCCCGAUGGUUUGAAGUGGAGAAACGUGAAAUUGUGGAAAUGAGCCCAUUGGAGAAUGCUAUUGAAGUAUUGGGAAAUAAAAACCAGCAGUUAAGGACAUUGAUCAGUCAGUGCCAGACUCGACAGAUGCAGAAUAUCAAUCCACUUACAAUGUGUUUGAAUGGUGUAAUUGAUGCAGCAGUUAAUGGAGGAGUUGCCAGGUAUCAAGAAGCAUUCUUUGUGAAGGAAUAUGUUCUGAACCACCCAGAGGAUGGAGAAAAGAUCACAUGCUUAAGAGAACUGAUGCUUGAGCAGGCCCAGAUUCUUGAAUUUGGUUUAGCUGUACAUGAGAAGUUUGUCCCACAGGAUAUGAGACCUUUACAUAAAAAACUGGUGGAUCAGUUUUUCGUGAUGAAAUCUAGUUUAGGAAUACAGGAAUUUGCUUCAUGUAUCCAGUCCAGUCCAGCUCACUUUCCAAAUGGAAGCCCAUGUGUCUCUCGAAAUUCAGUCCCUAUUUCCAUGAGUCCAGAGGUGGGCAGAAUUCCUAGAUAUGGUCCAUUAAGUUACCCAGCUAUCAACAGAUACUCUUCUUCAUCAUUGUCCUCUCAAGCAUCUGCAGAGGUCAGCAAUAUAACUGGACAAUCCGAAAGCUCGGAUGAAGUUUUCAACAUGCAGCCAAGCCCAUCUACCUCAAGUCUGAGUUCUACUCAUUCUGCUUCACCUAAUGUGACCAGCUCUGCUCCAUCCAGUGCCAGAGGCUCACCUCUGUUAUCAGAUAAGCUUAAACAUUCCAGAGAAAACUCUUGCCUAUCUCCAAGGGAGAGGCCCUUUAGUGCUAUUUACCCUAAUCCUGCUGAGCUUUCACAGAGAAUUGUGUUCAAUCAUAAUGGUGAUGGCGCUUUGCCUCGAAGUGACCCUAUUUUGUCUGCCCCUGAGAAAGCUGUAAAUAGCACUCCCAGUAGUUGGAGCCUGGACAGUGGGAAAGAAGCCAAAAACAUAUCAGAGAGUGGAAAGCUCAUGUUUCCUCCUGUGCCACCCCGUCCCACUGCAUCACCAGCUCGACACAUAACCUCAGUUUCCCUUUCUUCUGCUGGAAGAUCUCCAUUGAAGGGUUCUGUACAAUCAUUUUCACCAUCUCCUAUGGACUACCAUUCGUCAGGGCUCAUUUCCAACUCUUCAGUCUUGUCUGGAAGUUACAGUAGUGGCAUUUCUUCACUUAGUCGAUGUAGCACAUCUGAAAUAUCUGGUUUUGAAAGUCACAUCAAUGAACAUCCAGUUCCUCUUUCUAAUUGCAACAUUUCCGAAGAGCUAAUAAGAAAAGAGAGCAAGACUCCUCCGCCUUAUAGUGUUUAUGAGCGGACUCUGAGGCGUCCUGUCCCACUACCUCACAGCCUUUCCGUUCCCAUUCCUACAGAUCCACCAGCGUUACCCCCAAAACCUUUGUUGGUCAGACGAAGCAAUUUGGAGAAUAGCAGCAAGAGAAUGGAACAGGUCCCUCAACCUAAGCCUCUUCCACGAAAAGUCUCUCAAUUAUAAAUAAAAGUCAAAAAGUCAUUUUUUGAAUGUUUUAAAUGAAAAACAUAUCUAAUAUAGGCACUUUAAUAUUUGUCACAAAAUUUCUUUCUGGUGAUUUUUAAAAACUGCUUAACUUUAAAUACUUAAUUUUAAGUACUAGCUUAAAAAGCCAGAACCUAGAGAGAAUGAGACUGAAAAUACUAUAUUUAGCAUAGCAUACAGCAAAUGUGAUUCUACAUUUAAAUUCAAACCUGGAGCCUAACUGUUCAAACAAUAUCAAAGCAUACUUCCCCUUGACAGCCUCAUAUUAGCGCAGUGUACUUUCUGAUAGAAUAAAAUUUGGUUUGAAGUUAAUGAAUCCAAUAAAGCUCUUGUGAUUUGUGAUCACAUUGCACUGGAAAAGACUCUAUUACAAGGAUGUUGUAGCUGAAUUUCCAGAAAAAAAAUGUUUGGGUUGCUUUCUUUCUACUGUCAUGUUACUGCGUCUUAUUCAAUAUUUGUAUGUAUACUUGUCUCUUAGAGAUCUUUUUUCUAGCAUUCUGAUAAUGGUUAGUUUACAUACUUGUAGAAUUUUCCCCUUCCUAUUUUAUUUUAUUUUAGAUAGGUGCAAUUUACACUUCCCUGAAGAUAAUAAACAUUAAUAAUGAUUGUAUUAUAGAAAAUGUAACAAUAUAUAAAGUUAUUUUUUUAAAUAGACAUGAUUUCAGACACAGAAACUGACUCUGCGGAUUAUUUUAAUGGCCAAAAUGAAUACAUUAUUUUAAUUGUGAAUCAAGAAAAAAACCACUGUCAGACUCAAAAAUGAAAACGCUAAAAGCAAUUGAGUGCAAGCAAAUGUUCAGGAGAAUGAGGCUAUUUACAAGUAGAAUUAAUUGAAGCAGCAAAUUUUUAAAGACAAGAUUCAGACUUUUUUAUUAUAUAUAAAAUUUCUGAAUGGAAGUUCUUCCAUUCUAUUGCUGUAUAUUCCACUGCAAAAAUGUGGAGUAAAUAAGUAAUUUAAGGGAUAGUGGUUUAGAUGGUGGGAAGAGAGAACUGUUUAGGGCACAAACUGAAAAUUUGUUGGCAACUAAAAGUAAUCCAGAUUUCAGCCCCAAUCCUGCAAAAUGUUUUUUUCUGAAAGUGCUUUUACUCAUCUCACAUGGAGCCCUAAUUGGCAUUUUGCUAGAAAGCUCCCGUGUUUUGAAAGCUCACACUUAGUUCUAUAAUUGUAUAAACUAAACAUGAAAACAAGUGUAAAGGCAAUUUUUCUUUCUUAUUUCCCCCUCCCCACCACAAAAUUAAAUCGUACCAUUAAAGUUACCUCCCUGUUUUGUUGGGAAACUUGUGUUGAUUUUAUCAGUUAUCUUAUUAAUAGCUUAACUGGAACAUUAUUGACCACUUUAUUCCCUCAAUGAGAAACCCUCAGCAGGUAUAUGCUGUUAAUGGUAGCUAUAGAAGUUUUAUAUAAUAAAUGUUCACGUAUUUUUGUACAUAACUGGUUAAUUUUAAUAAGAACAAUUAUGUUUGGGGGAGGAAAGCAAAUGGCUGUGUAUGCAGUAGGAUUGUUAUAAUUAUGCCAAAUACUUUAUGUAAUUGGGGAAACAGGGACAUGGAGUAAUAUUUGUACAUAUAUGUUUUUAACAAUAAUUCUGCCAUAUUGAUUGUAUAACUUUGAAUGUCAAAAAUAACCUGUUUAGCAAAAGUGUUUACAACUGGAAAAAGGGGAUAAAAUUUAGGUUUAUAGGUGGCUGAUUUUGAGGUCUGAGAUUUCUGAACUUGCUUGAUCAUAACAUUUUUUGUGUCUGCAUAACUAUAUUUUUGGAAUCGUUAAUUACAUAUUUAUGCUUUUAAAAUAUAUUGCAAUUUAAAUAAACUGUCACAAACUGGAUAACAGAUCUAGUUUGAUCCCUUCCUAUAUUAAAUUUAGAAUUAAAUCAGUGUUUGUUUGGUGCUUCAGCUUAGACUGAAUCAGUAUUAUAUUUUGCUUGUCCAUUUUUAAAAUAUGCUUGAUAGUAAGCAAAAUUUUUACUCAUGUGCACAAAUUACUGAUGUCUCUUAGCAGCAAAACAUUUUAAUGUAGUUUGUUUACAGAUAAUGAUAUUGGUUGUUGAGAAACAGUAAAUACAAAAUAAAAUUGAUUCAAAUUCA